UAUAAGAGCAUCUCCGGCGCACAACACUAGCAAUCGCUUGGUAGAACCUUUAAAACAGAUCGAGUAGAGGAGUUGAGUGAGCUGAACCACGCGCAAUGGGGGAUCUUGUUCUGGGGGUGGCCAAGACGGUGGUGGAAGGGACGCUGCUCGGCCAAGUCGGCGAUCGAUGAUGAGGCAAAGCUCAAGCAGAGCGUGCAACGCGACCUGGUUUUCAUCAGCAUCGAGUUCCAGAUGAUGCAGUGCUUCCUCAACACCACCGACGAGGAGCGCGCCAAGAACGCCGUGGUGAAGGCCUGGGUGAGGCAGAUCCGGGACCUGGCUUACGAUGUGGAAGACUGCAUCGAGUUUGUUGUCCACCUAGACAACAAGCCGGCCUGGUGGUGGCGUGUGGUGCCGUCCUGCAUGGCGCCGCCGCUGCCCCUGGACCAGGCCGUCAACAACAUAACGGAGCUCAAGGCGAGGGUCCAGGAUGUGAGCCAGCGAAACAUGCGCUACAAUCUCGUCAAUGACUCUGGGUCCAAGCCAUUUGUUGCACAGCCGCAUCCACCGCAUCCACCGAUCACUGGCGCGGCUAAGUUCGACAUGCUUGCCCAGGCCAAGGAUGCGGCCAAGAAGCAGCAUGUUUUAUGGAACCUCGCCGACCUGGUCAAUCGUCAAGACCGUGCCCUUGAAGUGAUCUCUUUGUGGGGAACCGGCGGUGAUCUUGGGAUGACAUCCAUCGUUAGGAAGGCCUAUGUCGACCCUGAGAUCCGCCGAAACUUCACAUGCCGUGCUUGGGUAAAGAUCAUGCAUCCUUUUAAUCCUGACGAGUUCAUCCAGAGCUUCUUGGCCCAGUUGCACGCGAGGUCACGCCAAGAGCAAUGACCAAUACUUGGUGUCGAUGUUCUCAAGAGGAUGAAGAUGGAGGCAGUGCCAGAACAUGACCUCGCUGACGAGUUCAUGAGGCAAGUCUGUGAGCAUAGGUAUCUCGUUGUCCUGGAGGGCCUGUCCAGCAUGGCUGUCUGGGACGCCGCCAGGGCAUACCUGCCAGACACUAACAGUGGGAGCCGGAUCAUCGUGUCCACGCAGCACUUUGAAAUCGCAAGCUUGUGCACCGGCCAUCCGUACCAGAUAUCCGAGAUCAGGCAGUUCUCACCAGAUCACUCUGUUUGUAUAUUAUUCAAGGAGAUAACGAUAGCUUGGUGUGCAAUUUGAAAACUUCAGAACAUGAUGUAGCCCGUCGCCUUUUCAGAGGCCAGGUAUGUUUUGGAAGCAUAUGCGUCCGCAAGAUUUCUUAUUUAAUUUAUACUAGUAUAGUGACCCCUGCAAAUACAAAGGCAUCAUCUCUAAUGUGUUCAAAAUGUCUGAGGAAUAAAUUUAUGGUUUUAUUAAUAUUCAUAUAGUUCGAUUUUGCUUUGUUUUGUAGAUACCGUAAAAGUAAUGCCAAAUGAGAUGUCACAUGUACGGUUAACAUAUUUAAACAUUUUUAGUCGAAUGAUGAUUAUGUCAUUUCGAAAAACACUAUAUAUAUAUUACUUCCUUCGGUGUAUGUGGUUAGAUCCUUACACGUAAGUACAUAGAUCCAUCAGUCAAAAUAUUUCAGAUGAUGCGGAUAAACAUGGCCCCUAUUAGGGAAACCCAUAUCGUGCUUUUUAAUACAAAAUAGAUAAGUUUAGAGAAAGUAGAGUGUUCACAGUAAAGCUAUGGAGUUAAUUAGUUCCUCAUGAUACCCUCUGCCCAAGACUAUGUGGUCCUACAUGAGAGGGCAUCCGACGGGUCCUCUCAACUACGUCUUGUAAAUACAUUCCACUCUUCCAUUAUGCUGUGGAGUACCAAUUUUAGUGUGUUUAGUAGUGUGGGCAUCUCGGUAAAAUGUCUCAAACUCUCUUUAGCAGAACAAUUUGCCAUUGCUCGGCUAAAAAGACCAAAUGUCACAUCAUUGGACUCUAGGAAAUAAUCAAAGACCUUCAUGCUUAAAUCAUCUACAAAGGUAAGAAAUAUUAUCUCCUCCAAGAGAUGUUAUCAGUGUCUCGCCCCACUAGCUAGUUUGUCUAGGAUGGCCAUCGUUGUGCACAGACUUGAACCUUAGAUGUGUCUACUUGUCAAAAAGACAAUGCUCAUAGAAGUGCAAACUGCCUAUCCUCUAAAUACGUAAUAGAACACGGCAACUCAAUUAUGUUAUACUUCAUUUCGACAAGUGUCACAAAGUAGGCACGGUGUCAUCAUCCUUCUGGGACAAGAAGUCAGUAAAGCUGAUAUAGAAAGCAAGGUACCAUGCAAUACAUGCAAAUCAUUUGUAUUUGGAGCCAGUGAAUGCCUUCAUCACCCACAAGGAUCCUCUAAAAUGGAGGUUCUCUGGUUGUGGAGAAUUAGGGGCCGUUUGGAUGGCACCUAAGCCAGUCACGCCAAAACCUGGCGAGCCAAAUAAUUGGCAAUGGAAUUUGCCACCGCCGAUUCGUCCUUGCAUUGGAGUGGAACCUGAACCGCUAACCGAAAUAUUGGCGUCGGA